UCUAAUGUUAUUGAUUAUUUAGUAUUGAUUAAUCGUUCUUCUCUUUAAAGAAGAAUAUUAAAAUAAUAUUUGUUGUUAUUCAGAGUAAAUAUUCGUGAAUAAAGUGAAAAAAAUGUUGUGGAAACUACUAUUGAUGUCUACUAUCUUUUCUGCUAGCACUUUUGCUCAGUUUUACGAAGAUCAACGAUGUCGCUGUAUUUGUCCAAAGACAAAUACAAUAAUUAAUAGUACAGAGCAGUCCAUCAGGACUCUUUAUAUUGCAUAUGUUCCUCCGAACCAAUGCAAUUGCUAUGGAGUAAUUCUUCCAAGAGUCUCUGAUAAAAUCAGACAUAAUGCACAAUCAUUUUGUCCCAGAUGUGAUUGUAAAUAUGAGAAGAGAAAUACAACUGUGAUUAUGAUUGUUGUUAUAUUUGUGCUAUGGAUGAUACUGCUGUUGAUUGUAUACUACCUUUUCCUAAGGCUGCUUGUAACUUUCUCCAAGAAGCAGCAGAACAGAUACAAUGAAGUAAGGAGUAAUUCAUUUGAGAUUGAGAAUCUAUUACUUACAGGCGAAGAAGAAAUGGAAACUGAAAUACCUUAAAUAAAAAUUGAAAAAAUUAACACUGAUCAUUAAAAAUUAAUUAAUAAAAGGCAAAUUUACUUGUGAAAGUUU